AUGGGAUGUGGUACUUCUGGACAAAACAAAAUGUUGGCAGAUUCAGAGAAAGUCCAGAUGUUGCCAGAAGCAUCUCCCCAAGCCUUUAAAUCUGCUGUCCUGAUCCAAAGAUGGUACCGACGCUACAUGGCCCGGCUCGAAAUGCGCCGAAGAUGCACGUGGCGCAUCUUUCAAUCCAUAGAGUACUCAGGAGAACAGGAUCAUCUCAAGCUCAACUAUUUCUUUGACUACCUUGUGGACCACUUCACGCCAAGCAACAGUAAAGAGAGGGAUUUCAUUAACCGUGUUUUGUCAGAGAGCGAUAUUCCUAAAGAUCCCAAGUUGGAGAAAGCCUGUAACUAUGAAUCAAUCCAGGUGCCAGAUGACUACGAGGGGGCCCGUCUUUCCUUCCCUCUCUCGACGGAUGAUGCCACUGCCUUACUGGAAGCAUUCCAACAAGGACAAAAGCUCCAUGCGCAUUACGUCCUAAGACUCUUUCACGAGACCCUGAAGCAUCUCUCUCAGCUGCCAAAUAUCAGCAACGUCUCCACCUGCUACAGCGAGGAGAUCACCGUGUGCGGAGAUUUGCAUGGCCAGCUGAAUGACUUGUUUCUGAUAUUUUACAAGAACGGCCUUCCCUCUCCAGCAAAGAAAUACGUGUUCAACGGUGACUUUGUGGACAGGGGCAAACAGUCCAUUGAGAUCUUGAUCGUUCUUUUCGCCUUCCUCUUAAUUUAUCCAAAGGAGGUCCACCUGAACCGAGGAAACCACGAGGACUAUAUGAUCAACUUACGCUAUGGGUUCACCAAGGAGGUCAUGCGCAAAUACAAGGAUCAUGGGAAUAAAAUACUGAAACUGCUCCGGCAUGUCUUCAGCUGUUUGCCGCUGGCCACCCUGAUUGACCAGAAGGUUUUAAUUGUACAUGGGGGGGUGUCAGACACCACUGAUUUGGAAGUGCUGGCCAGGAUCGACAGGCAUAAGGUUUUCUCUUUGUUAACCCAGAAGAGAAAAAGUGAGAAACUCCUGCGUCUCAAAGAAGCUGGCCUGACUAGCUUUUCGGAUGCUUCGCACCAUUCAGAGAUUUCCAGGCGGGUGCAGCAGUCAGUCCAGGAAGAGCUGCGGUCAUGCCGAAGGCUGGCAGGCCUGGCCGAGCCCCCCAUGGCCGGCUCUCCCUUGACCUCCAUGUCAGAGCUGGAUACGAAAUCCUGUGAAUCCGUUGAAAUGGACGACAGCGAGAUCAAGCAGGUUCUCGACAUUCUGUGGAGCGAUCCGAGCCCUCAGCCAGGCUGCCGAGUGAACCAAGACAGAGGAGGGGGCUGUUACUUCGGCCCCAACGUGACGGAGAGCGUUCUGCAGAAGCAUGGCCUCCAGCUCCUCAUCCGCUCCCACGAGUGUAAGGUGGAGGGUUACGAGUUCUGCCACAACCGAAAGGUCAUCACCAUAUUUUCGGCUUCAAAUUACUACGCUGUUGGCAGUAACAGAGGUGCCUAUCUUAAACUGGGACCGGACCUGAUCCCUCACUUUGUGCAGUAUCAAGGCAACAAGAUGGCAUCUCAGCUGACCAUGACACAAAGGAUCAGCAGAGUGGAGGAGACGGCCUACCAAGCUCUGAGGGAGAGAAUGUUCGCUCACAGGUCAGACCUCACCAGCGCUUUCAACAGCUUCGAUAAGAACAAAUCAGGUGUGAUCACUUUAAGCGACUGGGCCACGGCCAUUGAAUCGGUCCUCCGUUUAGGGCUGCCCUGGAGGAUGCUGCGGAUACAGCUGGCACCCUGCCUCACCGGCGGGAAGUUGGACUACAACCUGUGGCUGAAAGACAUAGCGAUGGAGCAGAAGUCCACAAGUCAGGAGCGCAUCCAGUCGAGCUUGCUGGAAACCAUUUACCGAAACCUCCCCAACCUGGAGACUAUCUUCAAUAUCAUAGACAGUGAUCACUCAGGAUUCAUCUCUUUUGAAGAGUUCCACCAGACCUGGAAGCUGUUCAGCGCCCACAUGCACAUUGAGAUCUCAGAGAGGAGCAUCUGCGACUUGGCCCGCAGCAUCGAUUUCAACAAAGACGGCAACAUCGACUUCAAUGAGUUCCUCGAAGCCUUCCGCAUCGUCACACACACUCAGAAUGCUGACUAA